AUGUCUUCUCCUGGGCCCAGUCCUGAUCACGGGGGGGAAUACACCCGUUCUCAUGCCAAACCUCUUGAUGAUUACAUACCUCGACAAUCCCAACUGGCCAGUUUUCAGCAGGAACGCUCCCAAGACGGCAACAUUCUCGUGCCUCUCUCCUAUGACUCCCGGGGCUUAAAGUCUGCCAUCGAUCACCACAAAAGUCGUGCUACUCGAGCCAUCAAAACGUUCCAGCAGAACUUUACAAGGCAAACGUCAGAAUAUUCAGGAAAUGUAACAACCAACAAGUCUAGUUCUACUGGAGUAAACGAUAAGAGCAAUUGA